AACCAAUCAGCGUGAGUUCCCCUGCUCCUCAUCUCCCCCUGUUAAUGCAAUGGGAAAGGUGAGCGGCAGCACAGAUUGUGGCGAAUAAAGGAGUUAUACAUCGACAUCCCAGCAUCGGUGGUGGACUCAAGGACGGAGCAACCCCCGGUAGAAGCGUGGAGGAUGGAGAAUGACAGUGUCCUCCGGUCUCGCAGCCGAGCCAGUCAUCAGGUACCCACCUUCCCUGAUCUGGAUAGCUCUUUGGAAGGAGAAGGUAAUGAAGGAGAUCAUCAGCAAAGAAAUGGGGACGCCCAUAUUACCAGCAAUGGGAAAAUUGAAGUGGAACAGGUGAUCAGCAAAAAGCUUCAGCUCAAAAGAAAAGCAGAGUACCUUAAAAGUGAUCUGAUGCGUCAGUUUGACAACCAGGUCAAUGACUUCAUGGACAGUCUUAUUGAAGAGUCAGCCAGCCUGGAGUCUGCACCUCUACCUGCUGUCUUUUCACCUCGGCUGUCAGACAAAGAGAGGAGCAAGCUCAGGCAUUUUCGGCCUCCUCAUGGCCAGGGCAAACAAUUCGUCAGUCGCAGGUCCCUAUUAGAUGAGCUGUUUGAGGUGAACCACAUCCGCACCAUCUACCACAUGUUUAUCGCCCUGCUCAUUCUCUUUAUCCUCAGUACACUGGUGGUAGAUUUCAUUGAUGAAGGCAGACUGGUGCUGGACUUUGACCUGCUGGUCUAUGCAUUUGGACAGUUCCCUCUGGUGGUGUGCACAUGGAUCUGCAUGUUCCUGUCUGUGCUAGUGGUUCCCUACACCCUGUUCCACCUGUGGUCACAGACUCAGUCUGGGUCUUUGAGUCACCCCUGGUUGUACAGUUUGCUGUUUGGCUCCAUAUUCUUGCUCUACCAAGGUCUGUGUCUGGGAUUCCUGCCCACAUAUGUGGCAGUGACCAAUGGUUUACCACCUGCAUCCAGCUUCAUCAUCAUCCUGGAACAGGUGCGUCUCAUGAUGAAAACCCACUCCUUUGUCAGGGAGAAUGUACCAAGAGUGCAGACCUGGGCAAAAGAAAAGACCAGUCCCAGCCCAGUGGUCCCUCAGGUGUCUCAGUAUCUGUACUUUCUAUUUGCACCCACACUAAUCUACAGAGACAAGUACCCCAGGAAUCCAGUGAUUAGGUGGAGCUACGUGGCUACAAAGUUGCUACAGGUCCUGGGCAGUCUCUUUUAUGCCUAUUAUGUGUUUGUGAGGCUCUGUAUCCCUCAGUUCCGCAGCAUCCGUCUGCAGCUGUUUGACCUAAGGGCCAUGGUCCUCUGUGUCUUUAACUCCAUAUUGCCAGGAGUGCUGGUUCUCUUCCUGGGAUUCUUUGCCUUCCUGCACUGUUGGCUUAAUGCUUUUGCUGAGAUGCUCCGCUUUGCUGACAGGAUGUUUUAUAAGGAUUGGUGGAAUUCAACCUCUUUUGCCAACUAUUAUCGCACUUGGAAUGUAGUUGUCCAUGACUGGCUGUAUUACUAUGUGUACCGGGACUUUCUGUGGAUUUCUCAGAAGCGUUUCAGACCAGCAGCCAUGCUGUUUGUGUUCACCGUGUCUGCAGUGGUCCACGAGUACAUUCUUGCAGUCUGCUUUGGCUUCUUCUAUCCGGUCCUCUUCUGCCUCUUUAUGUGCUUUGGAAUGAUGUUUAACUUCAUUCUGCAUGACCAGAGGAAAGGUCCCAUCUGGAACAUCAUCAUGUGGACUUCCCUCUUCCUGGGGCAGGGAGUCAUCAUCUGUUUGUACUCUCAGGAGUGGUAUGCCCAGCGCUACUGCCCCCUGAAGGAGUCUUCAUUCUUUGAGUUACUGAAACCUCGCUCCUGGAGCUGUGUGAGAAACUCAAUGUCAGACUCUCACAAGCUUUGAUCUGAGUUCGGACUACCCUGGAGGACAAUCACUGAUCAGCACCAAUUUGACCAGAAUUUUGGUUACCUUUCAUAGCCUCUGGUCUUUCAUGUUUGUUUUAUUUUAUUGCACAUUGGUCGAAAUGCCCUUUACUCAAACAGCUUUGUCAAAGUGAUGCCUGACUCACCCGUUUGUUUUCAAAACCCAUCUAAAUUACAAGUUCACAUAAAGCCAUAUGUGAACUCUUUUAUGUUAAUGUUUUAUUUAAUUUUCAGAUGUAAUUACUUAACUUUUGCCUUUUUCAACUGUGAAACCAUUCCUUGUGCCAAAAUGACAGUGGCAGGCAUGAUAUGGCAGCUGAAUAUAAACAUUAAAAAUGAAGUAAUGGUUAAUAUUCAACGAAUGCUGCAAUCCGUACUUAACACCACACACAAUGUAAAUUUUAUUUAGUGUGGUAUUUGGAAAGACUUUCAAUUUGAGUUCUGUUCACUGCCAAAAAGAAUUAUUUAGAAAAAAAUGUGUUUUGUAUAAAUCUAUGAGAAGCUGUGGCCUCUGCAUAAUACUUUCAAGAUUGCAGUCGACUUGUCUGAGGAGGAAAAAUAGGGUUGCAUCUGAUAUGGUCAUAUAGUUGGGGUAUUAUUUUAUAGUAAUCCGAAACUUUAAAGAAGAGUUGUUUUUUUUUAUGGUACAUUGGAACUAUAAUGAUUUCCUUAUCCCAAAGUAAAUACCUACUUUUCUCUUUAUUUUCAGUUGUGAAGCAACAAAUGUUGGGUACUUGUUAUAAGUCAUGACACUGAACUCUAUUUUGAUAAAGUGAAUAGAAAAUAUUAUUAUGCUUUAUAAAAAACAAUGUAUUCUGUGAUUGCUAAAUGUAUUCUUUCAGAUUAGAUUUUUGUUUUCAGUUGACACAUUUUGAACCUAAAUGGGGAUUUAUUUUCUUUACCUGACCAUAUGAAGAAUUAUGCAAAGGUGCAAUAGCAACAAAAUAAUGUAAUUCUACUGAAACUGUUGCAGCUGGCUGCUAGAAUGUUAUUACAUUUGAAUUGUACUUGAUUUGCAAUAAGGGCUACAGUCCAGAGAGUACAUUAAAUGAGACAGUGUUAGGAUGUUUAAAUCACUCAAGUUUCCUUAAGAAGAUAAAGUUAUAUGUAUUUUGUCAGACCAAUGGAAAAAGGAAUGUGUAUGUUCAUUGUGCUUAUAGUUCCUGUGGUCUUGAAAUAUUGUAAUAUUGUGUUUACACAUUUGUGUAUUAUUAAGGAAAUCAUAACAAAGCUAACACACAGUUAAUGUUGCCAAUUCUGGUCUAUUGCAAUGCUGAGAGGAUGUAUUUAUUUUUGAAUGAUGAGAUGCACAAUACAGGUUUAAAACCAGCAAUUGAAAACUGCACCUCCAAAAACUGUUUGACCACAGGGGGGCACUGUAUUCAUAGUUUUUCUUAUUUAGCACUCUACUCAGUUUGGCCGUCAGGAGCUGAAGUGGUUUUCCCCAAGAGUCCCUUGUCGACUGUAUAGUAUGUUGACAAACACAAAUACCAGCAACCUACCUUUGUUUUAAUUUCCACAGAUUAUAGCAUAGUUAUUGGGAUCUCCUGUGGAACUUACUUUUAGCUGAGAACUCCUUCUUUGGUUGAAGCCUUAAUCUUGCUUGCCUAUGAGAUGUCAAUAAUAACAUGUAUAGAAAUGAAGAGCCAAUCAGCAGAAUUGCUGCUGUAUUUGGAUGAUUUUAUUAUUUUUGGGAGUAAAACGUCCCACUUUGUCAUAUUUGUUUUCACUAUAAUGUUCUUUUUUCUGGUUUGGAGAAGCACAUUGUGUCAGGUGGCAAUUUUACAGGUUUGUAUAUUUUGGGUCAUAGACAAAUGCCAGAUCUAGUCUUUAUUAACAAACCAAUGUAUAUGAACUAAGAAGAAUAAAUGGAGUAUGAAUCCA